UUUACGUCAGUAAAGUUUGGACGCGCGUCUGCCGCCGGCCUAAGCUCGAUAAAAACUAAAUACGCGAUAAGCUCGCCACCAGUCCAAUGCCAGUGUUCGUUAGUAUCAGAUCUGUUGAAAGCCUUGACAUAGGGUCGCUAUACCUACCUACAACAGUUUAAUAAGCUCUGCGAUCGCCAGUCGAAUAGUUUCGUUCGAUAGAGACUGUAUUGUAUUUGAUUUUAUUGUACGUUUAGUUACAAUGAUGCUGAAAGUAGUUUGUCUGUUUGUUGUGAUCGGUGCGGCCUCUGCGGCCACCUGGCUAGCCAAGUUGCCGGCGAAACCUGCUGAAUUAGCUCACGUGCCCGGGUGUUACGUGAAAGAGAUAAACGACGUGAUUCCAUUCAACACAGAAGUCACUCCUCUGGGAAGAUGCGAGAGGAUUGGCUGUGGACGGAAGUACAUCAACUAUGCUUCAUGUGGAAAAGUGCAAGUAGAUGCUCCAUGCUACCUCGGCCCAGAAAACCUGAACCUUGCCUACCCACACUGCUGUCCCACCAUUAAGUGCGAGCAUGACAACUUCAUAAGCGGAAGCUUAAUCAUUUAGAUUCUAAUUUCAAAAGCGCCAGGAUUAAUUUAUUGAGCAAUGUUGCCGAGUAUGAAUGAAACGGAUACAAUUUUUUGGAUUGAAGC